AUGAAUCUGGCUUUCCCACAUUUGGCGGAGACUAAAGGCGAAAUCGUGAAUGUGAGCAGUGUCGUAGGCCAGCCAAACGGCGCAUCAACAUCGUCCCCAUACUACAGUAUUGCCAAAGCGGCGCAGGACCAACUAACCAAAAAUCUUGCCAUUCACUAUAUCCAGAAAGGUGUUCGAGUGAAUAGUGUU